AUGAUUAAACUAUUCGAUGAACUGGACUCACUGUGUGCAACGGCGAUACUGAAUUCGAAAUCCUGGUCAGAAGUGCAAUCGGAUGUGCAAAUGCUACGUGCAACAUAUGCCGGUUAUAUCAAUUACCUCAACAAAGUGGAAGAUCGAGUAGAAAGUCAAUCCGUUGAUCAUCGAUGCAGCUUGUUGGAAAAUCGGUCUUUAAAAACUGUAGCAGCUAGUUCAUCCAGAACAUCGUUGACGAAACUUAUGUAUAAAGAACUAGAACAGCAACUUAACAGCGGAGAAGCAUACGCUCCUGUUAAUUUAAUACUGUAUGCUCCAUCAGAACGCAAAGCACGAUAUAAGUAUAUCCAGGGAUUAAGUUUCGACUUCGAUGUUCAGGUGUAUCGAUCGUUCAAGCCGAAUGCUACGUUCGUGUGGAAACUUCCCCAUCUUAAUGAACGGUCGGAAAUCCAGUUGUCAAAUACAAUUGUUCAUUUGGAAGAUGAUAUCGUUUAUCGCGUAAAAGCUGAUAAAUGCAAACAGGCAGCUGCAGUUUUCGGGGAAAUAGCAUCGUGGACCGUGCAAAAAGUUAAGGAGUUUAGCCAGUUGGCUACAGAUGAUGAUGAGGAUCCUAGCAGUUCUAAGCAAGAUGACUUGGACGGACUUAAAAUGUUAAUCGGCGAUGGUCAUGAAAUCGAGGAAGUUUUGCAUAUUGAAACCCAACAACUGAAUUCGAGGCAAGGCAAGUUUGACAAUUUCUGGAAAGCUGCUGAAAUCGUUAUCGCCGAAAAGGAUCUAUCGGUUGCUCAGGAAAGACGACACGGUACAACUAGCUGGAUUUCACCGCUGUGCGUUUCCUUGCGUGAUCUGAUGGACAUAUGCGAAGAAAAAAUGAAUCAGCUUUACCCAGGAUGUCCGAACAACAACGUACCCUCAGCUGAGUAUUUUCGUCUACAAUUUACACCCAGAAACCCACGUAAUCGUACCGCUGAAAGUGCGUACACUACGUAA